CAUGGAGAAGCCUGGCUGCAAUUCUCCCCACGGCAAAAAGGAGAUCCAGCCGCUCCGGUACCUGAGCAGAGAAGAAGCAGAAGCCAUUGAGAAGGAACUCCUGGAAGAAUUCAGAUUUGGACAGCAACAACUGAUCGAGAUCUGGGGUCACGCUUGCGCCAUGGCUGUUGCCAAGGUUUUCCCUCUGCGUUCCCUGGCGAAGAAGCAGCCGACACUGCUGGUGGUCUGUGGCUGUGAACAAAACGGGGCGAUCGGCCUGGCCUGUGCGCGGCAUCUGCGUGUAUUUGAAUACGAGCCGACAGUCUUCUACCCCAAGAGAUCCUCUAACCCUCUUUAUCGGGAUUUUACUACACAGUGUGAGAAGAUGGAUAUCCCAUUUCUUUCCUAUCUGCCCACAGAGGUUCAGCUCAUCAGCGAUGCGUACAACCUGGUGAUCGAUGCCAUUCUGGGAGUGGAGGCUAACCCGGGCGAGGUCGCGGAGCCGUACAUCGGCGUCCUGGCGACUCUCAAGCAAAUCCGGGUCCCCCUGGUCAGCCUGGACGUCCCCUCCGGAUGGGACGUGGAGACCGGCAGCAGUGACGGGAUCAGCCCCGAUGUCCUUGUCUCCUUGGCCGCCCCCAAGCAGUGUGCCACCCGGUUCAUGGGCAAGCACCACCUGGUGGCAGGGCGUUUCCUUCCUUACGACGUGCAGAAGAAAUUCGAACUCAAUUUGCCGGAGUAUACUGGCACAGAGUGUGUGGUUUCUCUUUAAGGA